AUGUUCUGCUGUCGCCUCAUGAAUUAUGUGGGCAGCUUGGGCCCCUUGACAAUCCUCGAGAUUCGACAGCUGGUGGCGGAUGUCCGAGCAGGCUCAUUCAAAUCCUUGGGCUGUUUGAUGGUUCCCACAUAUUUGCUCAAUUUUCAUGAGUGCCUUCGAUUUGUCCUGAUGUGGCUCCUCAUCAUCAUGUUCUCCCAGGAGCCUUUCCUUCAUUGCCUGAGCGCUAUGGACUGCCCGCAGGGGCGACAACACCAAGACGUGUACUCUGGCUGUGCCUUCUUGGCUAUGAUCAUUUUUUGGACACAGCUGUUGGACUUGGCCAUUUUUUCCGAGAAGAUCAUGGCGUGUGCUGCCGGGCGCACGCGCGGUGUGUACGAAUUUUGCUGA